CUGGCGCGUCUUCACUUUUUCCUCUCCUUCCUUUUCAACCCACCCUCACUCUCACUCACUCUCGCUCUCGCUCUCACCCUCGACGCGGCAGCAGUGAGUCUCCCUCCUGCUCAUUCACACUACGUCCCUCAUCCAUACUUGUCUUUCAUCACCUGGCCAUCGCGACUCCGUUCUUGCAUUCUCCAUGCCGCUCAUUUGACGCAAGCAGCUCGCCCCCAUAGUUUCCCGCCCGCCCGCCGACUCGCCCGGCCCACACCCCGUCUCCAGUCCGUCCAUCGCCGCCCCCUUCGCCGUGACCUCCGACAACAUCAAUCAUAGUUAUUUGACAUAUCAGUAAACUUACACAUAUCCCUACUCCGUCGCGAUUUCGCGUGAUCGGCAAUGAGUACGCUGCCGACGACCGAGAAGCCAGCCGGCUCCAGGGCUCUCCACCCUGCCCUUUUUAUUGCGAGUUGGAUCUUCUUCUCAAACCUAACAAUUCUAUUCAACAAAUGGCUGCUUGAUACAGCGGGCUUCAGUAAGAUAAUGUCGCUCUCAACGUUAAUUAAACUAACCUAUCGCAGAAUACCGUAUGUCGCACUAUUAGUUACUCCACGUCUAUUACUAACUUCUUCAUUAGCUGUCAUCUUAACAUGCUGGCAUCUUGUCUUCUCGACUUUUGCAACCCAGCUACUGGCGCGGUGCACAUCUCUCCUUGAUGGCCGGCACAAGGUUAAGAUGACGGGUCGCGUCUACCUGCGCGCUGUUGUGCCCAUCGGCCUGCUGUAUUCGGGCUCCCUCGUCUGCUCUAACCUCGUCUACCUGUACCUCUCCGUGUCUUUUAUCCAGAUGCUCAAGGCCGGUGCGCCUGUCGCUGUGCUCUUCGCCAGCUGGAUCUGGGGCGUUGCAGAACCCUCCAUGGCGACGUUCUACAACAUCCUGCUCAUCGUAGCCGGUGUCGGCCUAGCUUCCUUUGGCGAGAUCGAGUUCUCGUGGAUCGGCUUCAUUUUCCAGAUGGGCGGCAUCAUCUUUGAGGCCAUCCGCCUUGUCAUGAUCCAGGUCUUGCUCAAGGGGGACGAGAACGCGCAGAGGAUGGACCCCCUCGUAAGCUUGUAUUACUACGCCCCCGUCUGCGCCGUUAUGAAUUUCUUCGUCGCUUGGGCCAGCGAGUUCAGCUCCUUCAAGUUGGAGGACUUUCAGAAGACGGGCGUCACCAUGCUGCUGCUCAACGCGGGUGUGGCGUUCAUGCUCAACGUGUCGAGCGUCUUUCUCAUUGGCAAGACGUCCGGCCUCGUCAUGACCCUCACCGGCAUCCUAAAGAACAUUCUCCUGAUCGGCGCGUCUGUCAUCAUCUGGAACACCAACAUCAGCUUCAUCCAGUUCGUUGGCUACGGCAUUGCUCUCUUCGGCCUCGUCGUCUACUCGACCGGCUGGGAGCAACUCAAGGGCUCGGCUGCCGGCGCCGUCGUUUGGGCCCGUACCGCUUGGAACUCGCACAGCUUUGAUGAGGGUCGCCUCUCGCCGCUCGUCCGCCGCGCCAUCUUUUUUGGCCUGCUCACUCUUAUCACCGUGAUGCUUGUGCUGGGUUUUGCCUACAAGGGCUCAUCGGCACCGGCGGACUGGUUGGCCAAGGUGGGCACGACUAGCACUUAAGAGGACAUUACCAUGGCAAGGAGUUUGGAGUGCACAUGCAAAAAAAAACUGAAAACUAAGAAUCGGGGAGUUGGGUUUACGCGCUUUCGAUUAGGUCGUCCUCUUCGGGCCAGGACGCCAAUGUGGUAAUAUUGUACAUCAUGAGAAGGCCUACAGAUACAGCUUUGGAAUACAUGAAAUGAACGACACUUUGCGUUUCAUCGACUCGUGACGAGGACUUCAGGCCCAGCGAGCUAUCAACGUUGGCAGCCUAUUAU